GUCAUGCGCAAGUGACAUCCGCUACAAGAUGGCGGUUAAUUCGCCAUCAAGCUGUUUUUACACAUGUAAAUAAAAACAAUAUCAAAUGAGUGAAACACCAAGAAAAACAAAUGUGUUAAAAAAUCCUAGGUGGGAUUGAAGGCAAAUUACAUCGAAUAGCUAACGACGUUUAAACUGUGAUCGCGUGAUGCACGAUUUACAUCAUUUGUCACGUGUCGCAGCGAGAUAUGCGAAUGGAUGUACAAAUAGAAAAAUAAACACUGGAUGAUGGGAGACUUUGCGGAUAGCGUAGCCAGGCUGUGCAUAGAGAAGUACAAUUGUCUGAAGAAAACGGGUAAACCGAACGAUCACGAAUGGACCGUGUUGUCCGGCAUAGUUCUGAGAACUGCCGACGGGAAGUUGUUCCUUGUCGCGCUCGCCACUGGAACGAAAUGUCUGGGAGAGUCAGAAUUGAUAAACGGCACUCGAGAGGAAAGAGGCUCACGAUUGAGCGACUCCCACGCCGAAGUUUUGGCUCGGCGCGCGUUCCUACGCUAUCUGUACGAGCAGGUUGAUCUGGUUCUGAGCAAUUACGAGAGCGCGAUUUUCUCACGGAUCGAGGGAAACGGAAUAGCACUUCGCAGCGGUGUAUCAUUUCACUUUUUCUCAAGCCAAACACCAUGCGGCGAUUGUUCCAUUUUUCCUAAACGAGAAACUUGGGGUGACAACGAUGAACUUCCAUCUAAAAUUAGAUGCAUCAGCGAAGAUGCUAAUGAAUCUAAAAAAAGUAUCAAUUCGGAAUGCGGAGAUAUAUACAGAACAGGCGCAAAAUGUAUAAAAGAAGAUAGCGUACAAGAUCCUCACCUGCCGGGUGUAAAUUAUCAUGUCGUAGGAUCUUUACGCACCAAACCAGGUAGAGGAGAUCCCACAAGCAGUUUAUCUUGUUCUGACAAAAUAGCAAAGUGGCUCGUUCUUGGUUUACAAGGAUCUCUUUUGUCACUGUUGAUACCGUCGAUAAAGCUAGAAACAAUCACAAUCGGAGACAAAUGUCCCUUUUCUCUGGAAGCCAUGGAGCGCGGAUUGUAUAAAAGAUUCGGUAAAAUGUCUGGACCAAAGAUCUUCCAGGCAAGAACUUGUUUUGCACACAGAAGAAAGCAAGGAAGAGUGCGUCCAUGUCCGUCGAGUGUCAUAUGGUGCGCCGUAAGGAGCAGUGAAUUGGAAAUAGCAGUUGAGGGCAGAAAACAAGGAGUAACAAAAAAGAAGAAAACAAGUAACUGUCUGCUUGUGAGCAGGCAAAUGCUUUUGCGAACGUUCUUGCAAAUUUUAGAUAAACAUGAGAUUGACUGCAGUAAAAUACGACAUUUGAAGAAGAUUACUUAUUACGACUGGAAGAAACGGUCGAUAUCUUAUUACAAUAAGUGGAAACAGUUGAAACUGGAGUCAUUUCAUAAGUGGCCUUGGAAACCAGUGCAUUUGCGAAACUUUGUACUAUAAGAGAGAGAGAGAGUAUAUAUGGAAAUAAAGAAUUUAUUUUA